GGUUAUGUCCGAAGUAAUCGUAUUUCAUCUGUGAACUGUGAACCUCAAUUCUCGAUCCAAAAUGGACUCCUUGUUGACAAUCUCUUCUGAUGUUAAGUAUAUAAAUCUAUAUGAGAAACUGUUAGCAGAUAUACUUACAGUUUAUCUGCCUGGAAUUGUUACAGUCUGUAGAAUAUCUGGCAGCUCAUAUGGGAUUUUAUCAGACCUGAAAAUACUUCCAGCAAUUCCAACAGUGCUUUUGGAGUUAAGGAACAAUUCGCAAGAUGCCAAUUCGCUGUUCGCAGGUAUAGACCUGGGCUGUACUGUGUUCAUCAUACAUCAAGAAUCCACGAUCAGCUUCCUGGAUCAAUUCAUCGUGCAGCACGAUGAAGCCACUUAUCGAAAUCCUGAUAAAACAAUCAUACUGCUCAUGGAUGGUGCACAAUCUGAAAAACAGAAUCUUUUUGACGAGUUACGCAAUCAUCCUAAUCUGAUUGAAGUCAUGAAUCUGCUUAUUUUAAGACCGACUGCAAGAAUGGACACGAUCGACCUUUUAACUCAUCGUUUUGUUGGGACUGCCGAAGAUUCAUCCAAUGUGGUAUUGCUAGACACGUUUGACAUCGCAAACAAAACGUUCCGCUACGGAAGGCAACUGUUUCCUGAUAAGUUUUCCAAUCUUCAGGGAAAGUCUAUCCGGCUAGCAACCUUCAAUAUUCUUCCGUUCGUUACUUUGCGGAAAACAGAUUCUAGUGAGUCUAGUGAUCCGCUGGUGAAGUCAGGGGAUCAGAUGUAUGAAAUGAGUGGAAUCAAUGGUUUGAUGAUGAUUGAAUUUUGUCGACGGUACAACUGUUCAGUGGAACUGAUAAUUGACGAGGUAAGCAUGUGGGGCCGGAUCGAGGCGAACAAAACCGGCAACGGAAUUCUUGGGAAUCUAGCAGAAAGAAGGGCUGAUAUAGGAUUUGGCGGAAUGAGUAGCUGGUAUGAUGCUUUAAAGUUCCUGUCUUUCUCAGUGCCAGGUGAAAGAGGUGGUGUCACUUGUCUCACACCGAAACCUGUACUUCAACCAUCAUGGAGAAUAAUGCUCAUAGCAUUCUCAACACAUGUAUGGCUCUCGACCAUUGUAGUUUUUUUCAUUAUUCUGUUUUUGAAUCUUUUGAUGACUCGAUUGAAACGAACAAAGAUAAACAAGCAGCAUUUCGCUCACAGCUGUUUAAAUUUAUUGGCGAUUUUUAUACUACAGCCAGCUAGUCUUCAUAGACGGAAUGUUUCAGAAGUUCUUCUAUCUGUGUCGCUGUUGUUAUUUGCCUUCAAUUUAGGAAACAUUUACUCAAGUAAAAAUGCCAGUUUACGAACGGUUCCCCUUCUCGGACCAUCCAUCGACACCAUAGAUGACCUUGCUCAAAGUGGCCUGCCAUGGUUACAGGCGCACGAGGCGUGGGCAUUCUCAUUACUUCAUUCUGAAAAUCCAGCCAUUAUGAAACUAGUGUCCAAGUUCCAAGUACAUUCACCUCUAGAUCUGCGAGAGUUUGCUGAUCAGGGAAACGUUGCAUUUGCAACCGCACGUUUGAAAUAUGGCCACCUGAUGCUUGGUGAAUGGAUAACUGCAGAAAACGUUCGGAAAUACCAACUCAUGAAGGAAGAUCUGUAUUUUGAACACGAAGUAUCCAUGGCCACAAAAACGUGGCCUUUGAUGGAACAAUUCAAUAAACUAACGAUGCGAACAAUAGAAGCCUCGAUUCGUUACUACCAGGAACAAGACGUCAUUUACAAACACAGCGAUUUCUAUGUUCAGACGGUGGCCAUCAAUUCCCACUUGCAGGAACCCAAUGCACCGUGCGCUUUGGAUUUGACUGCCCUUCUGGGUGGAUUUUUCAUGCUGGGCCCGGGGAUGCUCGUGGCGAUGAUUGUUUUUAUCGUGGAAAUAACGAAGGUAAAAUCAAAAUGA